AUGGUCGUCCGACUAUCUCAAGUGUUCAACGAUGUGAAACACGCGUUGGCGCAUGUGGUGCCCCUGUGGCACACGCGAGAAGACAUGACGGUCUGCGUCUUCACGGACGCCAGUGACCUGUUUUGGGGUGCGGUCGCCACAGAAGUACCGCCAGCGAACCUGGAUUUGCCUCUCGAAGACCAGCGGCACCAGCCGCUUGCCUUCAUCAGCGGGUCAUUUUCUGGCGCGAGUGCGCGCUGGCCCAUUGUCGAGAAGGAGGCCUAUGCCGUGGUCGAGUCGUGCAAGAGACUUGACUACCUGGUCGUACGCCCGGGUGGUUUCCGUCUGUUUACGGAUCACCGCAACCUGGUGUACAUCUUCAAUCCAAGUGGCUCGAACGCCAACAUGGCCAAGUAUCAGGCCGACAAGCUGCAGCGAUGGUCGCUGGUGAUGUCGACCUUCCCAUACACCAUUGAGUGCGUCUCGGGUGACGCGAACGUAUGGGGCGACCUCCUGAGCCGAUGGUGUUCGGCUCCGAAGCCGAACGAGCUCAUCCAUUUCGACUGGUUGUCGAUGCCCAUGGCCAAGUCUGGCCAAAAACAAGUGCUUGUCGUGAAGAACGACAUGAGUGGCUUUGUGCAGCUGUUCGCGGCAGAGUCCGCUGACGCCGCCGCGACCGCUCAGUGCCUGAUGACGUGGUUUACCACGUUCGGCUGCGUUGACACAUGGGUGUCAGAUGGCGGUUCUCACUUCAAGAACGAAGUGAUCGAGAAGGUGCGGAAGUUGGUGGGUGCCCACCAUCAUAUCACGUCAGCCUACAGUCCUUGGGCGAACGGGACUGUAGAAGUAGUCAACCGACUAGUGCUGCGCGCCGUGAAGGCGCUGCUCAGCGAAAUGAAGCUGAACGCGGACGAAUGGCCACAUGUGUUGCCCCUCGUUCAAGCCGCCCUCAACCAUCAGCCGGCGGACCGGCUGGGAGGAAUUGCGCCUGUGACAGCGUUUACCGGCCUGCCAGCCAAGACCCCGCUGUCAGGAUUUUAUACGUCGCGGACGCUUGGCGCCGCCUGUCAGAAACAUGUGACGGACCUCCAAUUGGCGCUAGAAGAAAUGCACCGCAACGUGGCGGUGCGAAGCGAUAAGUUGCGUCAGCAAGCGCGUGGGCGCCGCGACCGAAAGUCCCAAGUCAAGUUUGCGGGUUUUUCAGUCGGUGAUUUUGUGCUCGUCGGAUCGGUCGUCAACCGUCCGACAAAAUUGGCACUGCAUUGGCGCGGACCCUGCCAAGUGACCAGAGUUAUCACAGACCAUGUGAUGGAGACUCAGCAGCUGGUGCCACCGUAUGAAGUCACGGUCCAUCAUGCGUGCCGACUGAAGAUGUACCACGAAGGUGGUAGAGAGGUGACCGAAGACCUCGAGGCGCAGAUCGCGUUUGGCGAUGGCGGAUUUCAUGUGCAGCGCCUGGACGAAGCGCGCUGCGUGGAUGGCCAACACCAAGUUUUGGUGAAGUGGCUUGGAUUGGACGAUGAAGAGUCGUCCUGGGAACCUGCGGCGAAUUUAUUGGACGACAUUCCAGUCGUAUUUCGCAAGUGGGCGGCGGCGAACAAGGAAGACCCUGCCGUGGCCGCCCUCAUCAAGACACUGGACUUCUCGUAG